UUAUUUUCGAUGGACCCCAUACUCAAUUCCUUGUUAAGCAGCUUCCGGCGCGUUCCGCCGGCAGCUAUUCCGGCGAUGCUGGACUGUAUCUUGGCUUCAAUGAGCUCUUCUCCAUCUUCCCUUUUCGCCUCUCUUCUCAAUGAAUUUCCCAACAUUACCAAGGAUAAAAUGGUGGGAAGCAAUGAGAGGGAUGCAGAGAGGGACUAUUGCAUUGUAUCUUACGUGGCUGCUCUAUGUCAUCUUCUGAAAAGAUCAGGUUCAAUUACCAGUGAAAUAGAGUUGUUUGUAUGCAGAAUUUUGAUUCCUCUUCUGAAGUUGGCACCAUCAUCUCAUCUUGACAUAUUUAAUGAGGUUGCAAGUAUGUUCUUUGACGCUGUGCUUGAAAUGAACAGCUGGGAUGCUGUUGAAGCAACCUUGGUUCCAUUUUUGUUCAGAUUGAUUGGUCUAUCUAUGGGGAUGAUUCAAAGCCAAGAGUCGGCUAUGUUUGAAUGGAGUUCACGCCCAAUUCUUCAGGUUUCUGAUGACCACCAGCCUAGGCUGCAUUGUUUUCAGCAAUGCAGUGACAAGCCAACUAAUGAGCUGAACAGGGACUUGAUACAGUCUCAGUUUGACUACUUUCCAUUACCAAUAUCUUGCUAUAUCCUGGCCUUAACACUGGAUGCUUCUUUACAAUGUAAACAUGUGGUGGAUUGUACCUGUAGCUUGCAAGUUUUUGCUAACAAAUUGAUCUGGGAUCUCUGUAACCUGACUUUUCAGAUGCUUUUACACAGUGUUGAGCAUCGAUCUUUUGCACUUAGCAUUCUUCUUCCAUCUAUUCUUAGAGUAUUAGCUUCACAUUGUGCUUUUGAAGUCUCAAGCGGUGUAAGCCAUAUACUAACCAGGAAGCAUCUUCUUGAGGAAAUAUGGAAAUGCUGCAAGAAGCUUUUCUCAAUGGGGCUUUCAGAGAGAAGAGAUGCAUAUACGAUACUUUCUCUUUCCCUAUCAACUGGUGCUUUUAAUAGGAGAACUAAAGAUGGGAAUGUAAUUGUCACCAGAGAAACAUUUGAUUUGACAGUUGACAAUGAUUUCUGGGAUGAAAUUAAAAGAGGCUUGGUUGAUAAGGAGACAUUAACCAGGAAACAGUCAUUACACGUGCUAAAAAGUAUAUUAAACCUGAGGGCGGAAAGCUGUCAGUACCCUGGUCUUUCACAUACUAUAACUGACAGGAAGAGUUUAGAUCUUUGUGGUAUGACCAAAAGGGAAAGGUGGGCUGAAGAGGAAGCAAAGUCCCUGGGUGUUGGGAAACUCUAUAAUUUAAAUGAUCAUCAUUUGGACAAUCGGCAGAGAUGGGAAGCUUUUAUUUUGCUGUAUGAAAUGCUUGAAGAAUAUGGUACUCACUUGGUUGAAGCAGCAUGGCAUCACCAGAUGAAUUUGUUACUCCAGUCUUCUCUUUCAUUGGAGAAUUCAGUGAGUUCUCAUGGUGGAGAUUUCCGUCAAAAUUGGAUGGAAAAUUUGGAGGAAAUUUAUGAGUGGUUGGCUGUCCUGUGGGAACGAGGAUUUUGUCAUGAUAAUCCUCAAGUGAGGUGCUUGAUCAUGCAAUCAUUUUUGGGUGUUCCAUGGAAGGACUAUGGAAGCAAUGUAAGAUUAGUGCCAGAGGAGUUCAUACUAGGUCCACUUAUGCAAGGAUUGAAUGAUCCUGUUCACCAUCAGGAUUUCGGUUUGAAACGAAUCUACUCUUCCUGUACAAUUGAUGCUGCUGCCAGUUUUCUGUGCCAAUACUGCUUCUAUCUUGAUCCGAGGAAACAGAUUAAAUUCUUGAUUGACUUAGCAUCAACUGCUAAAAAGCAUUCUUUUGGGAGACCUGGAUUAAUGUGUCUUGUUGAGUGCAUUGCUUCAGCUGCCCGUGGUGUUGAGCAACAUAACAACCCUAGAGUUGCAGGAUUUAAUGAUGCUUCCUUGAACAUGAUCCAGGUUAAAUCUGGUCAAGGAAGCUCCUGGAAAGAUGAUAAAGUGGAUUUACUAGAUUUUCUGCGAUAUAUUAUUGAAAGCAGUAAACAACACUUUAAUGCCAAUUACCGUCUUCAAGUUUGUGAAAGGAUGCUUGAUGCUGCUACUUCUGUAAUGGCUGCUGUUGACAUUCCUCUUGAGAUACUUCUGCACUUCAUUUCAAACCUUCCUCGGGAGUUCACUGAUUUUGGUGGGCCCUUGAGAUUCAAAAUACAAAAAUGGCUCAUUAAGUCUGAUGACAAACAUUGUACUGCCAGUUGUCGCAUUCCGAAUCUGGAACUUUUGACAGCUCUUGAUGGCUUCCCCAAAAAAUUUACCUAUAGUUAUCCAGUAGAAGCACGUUUUACUUUUGAUGAUGCUGACAUUGACAAAUGGGAAUAUGAAGCAAAGAGAUGGGUGAGGGUGAUUUUUCUUGUGAGUAAGCAGGAAAAUUUGGAAACUUUAUUUACCUUUCUGCGGGACCAUGGAAAAAAUGUCUGCAAGCAGCAAAACCUUUUGGAAUGGGUACCUGUGAAAUAUCUUAUUCUGGUCUCUAGCUUGGUUCAGGAACUUCAAAUAAACCAAGAUAGAACAGUUGAAGGUCCCAUCAGGGAAAGAAUCAAGGCCAACAUUCACCUUCCUGGGACAGCUGCUUAUACAGAUUUCCUUGUGGAAUCAAGUUUUCUUCAGAAGUUUGCCAAAUGUUUUUUGCUCAUAUUGGAGGAGCUCGUCUCAUUUGCCAAAUCCUCAUGCUCCAUUUUCUGGUCCAAUCAGGUGGAACACGACUGCAUUCUUCCCAGUUCAAUUAGAGGGAGACUUGGCGGCCCAAGUCUACGCCGGUUAUCAUCUAGUAUUGCUACUUCUGUUUUGCAAGCUAUAAUAUCUUUGAAGUCUGUGGCAUCCAUUUCAAGGUGGUGUGCACAAUUUACACCUGCUACGUCACUUAAUUCUGCUCUUACCUUUCUGUGGAGCUUCUGCUGGAAAAUAAUUACCACUCCAUCAGGUAGAUCAGAAACAGAGGCAGAGAUACGACUAGGGUCAUAUGAAGCAUUGGCCCAUAUCCUAAAAGAAUUGGUGUCUGUAUUCUCUCCUUUGUCUUUCGAUGUUGUCGUGGAUGAUGGAAAAUCUUGUGUGUCAGAAGCAGAUGAUAGACCCACUUUAGAUACCUUGGUUCAAACUUUUCUACAGUGUGUCAAUAAUCUCAUUGAAACUGGAAACUUGGUACGAACUCGGCGGGCAAUUUUGAUUAACUGGAAAUGGAUCUGCAUAGAAUGCCUGUUAUUAAUUCCUAAGUAUGUGCUUGAGAAAGGAGUUUAUCUUAGAAGCUGCAAUAUUUUCCUAUCAGAUGUUACAGCAAACUGGAUCUUUAGUGAUCUUGUUGAUAGCCUUGAAAAUGCUGGAGAAGUGUCUGUACUGCCCCUGCUAAGAUCAGUUAGAUUGAUUAUGGAGCUGUUUGCUUCAGACAGAAAGGGUUUAGUUGUUACCUCCUCUGAUGGCAUGAAUACCCGGAUGAUGUGGGAUUUGGUCAAGUCCUCUUGGAUAUUGCAUGUUAGUUGCAAUAAAAGGCGGGUUGCUCCGAUUGCUGCUCUUUUAUCUUCUGUUCUGCAUUACUCAGUUUUUGGUGAUGAAUGCAUGCAUGAAAUUGAUGGUGCACCUGGGCCUUUUAAGUGGUUCAUUGAGAAAAUUCUUGAGGAAGGGACGAAAAGUCCACGCACAAUUCGUCUUGCUGCAUUACAUUUAACAGGGCUGUUGCUUGCAAAUCCCAUGACCAUAAAAUACUAUUUGAGAGAGCUGAAGCUUUUAACCUUGUAUGGGUCUGUUGCAUUUGAUGAAGAUUUUGAAGCCGAACUGACCGAAAAUCAGGAUGCAAAAAGUGAAGUAUCAAUGUUAGCCCAAAGCCCAGAUCCUGAGCUAACUGAAGAAUUUAUCAAUACAGAGCUGUAUGCACGUGUCUCUGUUGCCGUUUUGUUUUACAAACUUGCAGACAUGGCUGAUAUGGUUGGUUUUUGUAAUGGAGGCAGAAACAGCCUGGCAGCCCUUGCAUCUGGCAAAAUCUUUUUGCUAGAGCUUCUUCAGUCUGUGCUAAAUGACAAGGACCUAGCUAAAGAGUUGUAUAAGAAGCAUAGUUCAAUUCACAGACGAAAAAUUCGUGCAUGGCAGAUGAUUUGCAUUUUGUCACGAUUUGUUUAUGAAGAUAUUGCUGAGGAAGUUAUGUGUAGCUUGCAUAAAGCACUUCAAAGAAACAAUUUGCCCUCAGUUCGUCAGUACCAGGAAACAUUUGCAAUCCAUAUAUACUUGAAGUUUCCUUCACUUGUUGGCCAACAGUUAGUUCCUCAGCUCCAUAAUUAUGAUGUGCGUCCUCAGGCUUUAUCUUCAUAUGUAUUCAUAGCGGCUAAUGUUAUUCUGCAUGCUGGUGAAGAGUAUCAGUCCGGGCAUCUUGAUGAAUUACUACCUCCUACAAUACCUUUGCUUACUUCACAUCAUCAUACUUUGCGUGGGUUUACACAGUUACUAGUGUAUCAAGUUCUCCAUAAAUUAUUGCCUGGCAUUGAUGCUGGUCCCUCCAUUGCCAUGCCACUGGAGAAAAGGUGCCUGGAGGAUUUGAAGUCGUACUUGACAGAAAACCCAGACUGUGCACGGCUAAGAGCAUCAAUGGAGGGUUAUCUUGAUGCUUUUGAUCCAAAAAGUUCUGUCACACCAGCUGGGAUUUUUGCAAGCCGGGUGGAGGAACAGGAAUUUGAAUGUGUCCCAAAGACUCUAAUGGAUCAAGUGACCCGCUUUUUAAAUGAUACGCGUGAUGAACUCAGAUGUUCAAUGGCCAGGGAUGCAGCUGUUAUCAAAUAUGAGGGCUUACCUUCUGGUGAUUAUAGCAAUUCUCCUAAAGAAGCAAAAAAUUCCAAUCAAGAACAACCUUCCUUCCAUCUGCAGGAAGAUGUGUCAUUGGAUUUCCAGAAGAAGUUUACCCUGUCUGAUCAGGAAACACAAACUACUGCUGUUUUUUCAAUAGACAACAGCAAGUCGUUGAAAUUGCUUGCUGCUAUUGAGAAGGAAGAUGAACUACUUGAUCAGCUGCUACAUUCAAGAAAUCUAGCGAUGCAAAAAUUAAAAGCAAGACGACAGCAGUUUAUCCUUGUAGCGUCAUUGGUUGAUCGAAUCCCAAACCUUGCUGGAUUGGCACGGACAUGUGAAGUAUUUAGAGCAGCAGGACUGGCAAUAGCAGACAAAAAUAUAUUGAGUGACAAGCAAUUCCAACUUAUCAGUGUAACGGCAGAGAAGUGGGUUCCAAUAAUAGAAGUUCCAGUUAGUAGCAUGAAAAAUUUCCUGGAAAAGAAAAAGAAAGAGGGUUUUGCCAUCCUAGGUCUGGAGCAGACUGCAAACAGCAAACCUCUCGACCAGUAUGCCUUUCCUAAAAGGACUGUUUUAGUCCUUGGCCGGGAGAAGGAGGGUAUUCCUGCAGAGAUAAUCCAUGUUUUGGAUGCUUGCAUUGAGAUCCCACAGAUGGGAGUAAUUAGGUCACUCAAUGUCCACGUCAGUGGUGCGAUUGCAUUAUGGGAGUAUACCCGACAGCAAAGGUCCCAUUGAUCUUGCUUGCCUAAGUGGGUAUGAUAUCUAAAUGAAAGGGAUUGAAGCUCACUGCUUUGUGGAAGAAAUUUGCAUGUAGGAUAGGAUUUAGACAGCGGAAUUUCUUUGUGUAUAUAUGGUGUUGAUCACUACGAGCCUUUUUGUAUUCAUUCAGGUGGAGUAACUGACCAGUAGUCUGGUGCCAGUGCUCUCAUGUUCCUUUACGGAUCCAUUUUGUACAUUGAUGAUAUAUAUUGGUUACAGUAUGGCCACUUGCUAUACUUGCACAAAAGUGUACAGUGCCGGAACGUGUUCUGUGAUC